CAAAUAUGUAUUCUAAUAUCAGCUCAGCUACAUAAAAUUCCUAAAUUUAAUCUUAAACAAACCUAUUUUUAAAACAUCUUCAUUUACAAAGUUAUGAAUAGAAUAAAUCAAUGAAAAAACUGUACCCGCGAAAGAGAUGAAAGCGCAAUCGAGGCGAUUAACGUCGAUCGCAUCUUGUCCAAAUCUUAAAAUUAGCCCGAUAAGCUAACCAUUCUAAGAAAAGGAGGAAAGAGAGCUGGAAAGCGCCUCGCUCGAUCUUCUAGCUCGUUUUCUUAGCUUUACCUAACAGCACGCUAAUCCUUCUACCAAUCAACAGCAUUAAAUCCACACGCUCGAUCGAAUUAUGCUGUAGUAGCAAAUCAACAUUUCCGAGUCGCACAUGUUGUGUGUCUGUCCGUAUGUACCUAAGCAUUUUGGAUUAGAACUUUUGUUUGAUUGUGGGUCUUUUAAAAAUGGCAGCAGCCCCGCGCAAAGUGAUUGUCGACUGCGAUGUCGGAACGGAUGAUGCCUGGGCUCUGCUGCUGUUGUUGAAGUGUGAUAAGGUGUUCAAUGUAAAGCUGGAAGCUAUAACGUGUACCCAUGGGAAUACAAGUGUCCACCAUGCGGCUAGGAAUACUUUGCGAUUGCUGGAUGGCGUAGGACGGCUAGAUGUGCCGGUCUACAAGGGAGCAGAAGAACCUCUGUUGACACCGGUUCCGGAGAAGGAUAAGCACUUUCACGGUGUGGACGGGUUUGGAGACUUGGAUUUUGAUACGCCAGACGAAGCGCUGCUACAAUCGGAACAUGCAGUUAACGAGCUGUAUCGGAGGUUGAAUGAGCAGCCAGGCGAGAUUUCGUUGAUUUUUAUUGGACCGCUCACGAAUUUGGCACUUUGCUUGAAAAUGUAUCCCGAUGUGCGGACAAAAAUCAAAGAUCUGUUCGUGAUGGGCGGCAAUCGUCAUGGGGUAGGAAACGUUACCAGAGCGGCGGAGUUUAACUUUUGGAGCGAUCCCGAGGCGGCACACAUUGUUUUUAACAAUGUCCAGUGUCCCAUAACAGUGGUUCCGUGGGAGACCUGUGUUUCGGAGCACAAGUUUCUGGCCAUGGAUUGGCGAAUGAGCAUCGUGGGUCGGAGCACCAAUAAGGUGGUACAAAUGCUGAACCAGGUAGAGACCAAGUGCUACACCAAUUUCGAAUGGUGGAUGCCGUGCGAUGCAUUUUUGGUAGCCGUUUUCAUCAAACCGGAUAUUGUGCGCCAUGCCGAGAAUUUUCACGUGGAUAUUGAACUGACGGGAAAGCUAACCCGUGGCCAGAUGGUACCUGAUCAUUUGAAGUCCAACAAGGAGAAUACUCGCGUAGUGGAUAGGAUUGAUAACGAACAGUUCAAGCUGCUCAUGUUGUACGCAGCCGAUCAUAAUGACGUUGAAGCUCAGCUUUCUAGUUUGUAGUUUUAUCAGCUAACAACAAA